GUUAGACUCAUGCACAAGUUGAUGCGCCGCUAACGGGCACAUGCCGGCUUACCCCAGAUCCGACGCAUCAACGGCAGCUUCAAUGUUGGAUUCCGGAGAGAGCCCCAAGUCAGAACACGACCGAACUUCUUCGCAACCAGGUAACAAGCUGGCCUCUACAACCCAUUGUUACUGUCUACACCGUUGCAGUAACUGAAAAGAGGCCAACGAUGCCUUUUUUCAACAGCAGAAGUCCAGCCUCCGCCAAUCCCCUAUCGCUUCUCGUCUCCCUCGCGCUCCUCUUCCUCCCCCUCACCUACGCCGCAUCCUGCGCCAGCGUCCUCCUCACAACCGUCGCCACUCGCUGGGACUCUCUAGGCAGCGCAUACCAAACCGAAAUAUGCGCGCGAGGCUGUCGUCCGGUGAUUUCCACCUGGGAGGAGUGGACGCACCAGUACGCUUUCAUUCCGCUGAUCGACCUGAUGGCUAGAGAAAUGUCUCUCUCGGAUAAGUUCCAAACUACUUUUACUCGAAUCGGCGAGGAGAUAGCCAAAGCGACCGAGCGGGAGUGCAGCGGAAUACUGCCUGCUGAUGAACAUCUCUGCAUGACUGGAAGCAAUAAACUAGAUCAGUGGAAUGGCUGUUUCAAGAGACAGGCAGCGAAAGUAGCCACGAGCAAUAUGUUUACCAUGUUCCGGCUAGUAUCGGGCGAGAUUUGUAAAGGCGAUGCGUAUAAAUAUUUGUCGGAGGAUAAACUGUGGAAAGAGGUUCUUCCGCAGUACAUGAAGAAAUAUGCGGAUACUUGUCAAUACAGCAACGAGCAUAAAAAAGAUACCAUCGAGACGAAUGAUCAUGUGGCCUCGCAGCUGAAGUCUGAGACACAGAAGAGAAAGGAUGAAUUAUGAUUCUGUAUAAUAGAUAUGCAAUUAUUUACGACUUUCUGGCCGGUUCUAGCAUGGAAGUUGUUGAACAUAUGCAUGCAUACAUAUGUAAUAUAGU